AUGCCGAUCGACGAGCCAUGUCAAAUUAUAUUUCCAACAACGCUCCGUGUUCAAGGGCGCUACAUCUGCGCCGGUGAUGACGAAGCGUGCAAACUAUACAAGUUGUCCCACUCACUGAACUAUCUCAUCGAUACGAAUCAAAAUGUACGAGUUGAACGGCUGGGCGUGUCCGAAAAAGAAGACAACGGCGACGGCUCUCCGGCUACAAUUUCGCAUUGCCACAUCUUUGAUUUAGUGUGUCGGUCCCCAGAUACCGUGACGCCCGUCAGCUUCUACGCCAAACACAACGAACAAACCGGUUUGUGUUCGUUCACCCUCCAGCUUUUUCGCCCUAGCCGAUUUUCAUCUAAAAAGGGCUUCAACUUUUCCCGGGCUAGCCAGUCAACGCCCGACUGCGAGAAGCACUCCGACCUGCUAUUCUCGGCAGUGCCGGGUAAAAAGAGAGAUGUAGACUAUGAAUGGCGCAAUGCAGAGCGCUGUCUGUUGGCUACAGAGUCCGAUGGCAAGGAUUCCAGAAGCCUCAUGCUCCAUGGAAAAAUGACCACCGAGGAUUGCGACGCACUCGUGUCAGCUUGGAUGCUGCGCGCAUGGUGGGAACAGACAGAGGGCAAUUCUCCCAAGCAUCUCGACGACAUUGGUAAGUUUGACUCGCUAGGCUGUAGCUAUUUCGUCUAA